AAUAAGAAAAAUAAGAAAAAAAAACGCGGCUGCUGUAUUCACCAAAAACAGAGACACGGUGAGAGGGAGAGAGAGAGAGAGAAACUCUGUGUUGAUCGAUCCCAGCUAAGAUUCAACGUUUCAAAUAAUCGAACACGGGUUUAUUGGUUUUUCGAUUGUCGCAGGUUGUGCUAACAAUUUUGCAAUAAUUUUUGUGAAAUUUUGAGGCUGUGAUUUCUACGCGAGCCCGCGAUCGUGUAGAAUUGGUCAAUUACCUGCGGGGGCGAUUCGUUUGGGUGGGAUUUUGAUUCCAAGGAAUGGAUCGAGGAGGAAGUGGGAUUUUGAUUGGGACGGAGGGUUCUCAAUGCGGAGGUUUAAGUUGAAAGGUUUGAUUUUUGUAUUUUUUGGUAUUUUUUUGGAUGAUUUCUGCAGGAGGUAGGGAUGCUAUAAAGGGGCUGGGUUUAGGGUUAGGGUUAGGGUUGGGUGCUGGGAGGAGAGAGAUGGUGGAGUCUGAGCUCGAAGAGGGUGAGGCGUGCUCCUUUCAGAACCACGAGGAUUAUGAUGCCACCGUUGAUCCCGAUGUUGCCCUCUCUUACAUUGAUGAAAAAAUUCAAGAUGUUCUGGGACACUUUCAGAAGGAUUUUGAGGGUGGGCUGUCUGCUGAGAGUCUGGGGGCAAAAUAUGGUGGUUAUGGAUCAUUUUUGCCCACCUAUCAGCGAUCUCCUGUCUGGUCUCAUCCAAGAACUCCACAAAAAAAUCAUAGUCAAAAUACGCCAAAAUCCCCGAAUAAUUUGCUGCCAGAGGGUGGGCAGAGUGACGCUGUACAAUGUUCCACUGGAACUCAGUCAUCAAGACUUGGCCCAGGUUCUGGUAACUCUUCGAGGAUGGCUUCAAACAAGGGUCUCUAUCUAGAAGAUGGAACCCAUCAAGAAAAGUACUUGGUAACCACUAAUGUUGAUACAUCCACUUCUAAGCACGAGUCUCUAAACAAGAAAUUUACUAGCACAUCGGACCAGAAGACACUGAAGGUUCGAAUCAAAAUGGGUCCAGAUAAUUUAUCAACACGGAAAAAUGCUGCAAUAUACAGUGAAAUUGGUCUGGAUGUGUCACCAUCAUCAUCGCUAGAUGACAGCCCCUCAGAAAGUGAGGGGAUUUCUCGUGGUCCUCAAGAAGCUCCUUUUGAAUCUCCAACCAUUAUCCUUCAGAUCAUGACAGACCUCCCUCAGCCAUUGUCACCACUUUCUGAAAGUAUCAUUGAAUUAACUAUAAAGGAAAUGCGUGCCAGAGAUAGCAUCCCUGGUCUUGUUCAUCUGGAUGAUGCAGAAAGUUUUGACAUGUCACUAAAUGAAUCUAAUAAUGUGAAAGGAGAUAGAAAAUUGUCACGGGGGAGUGGGAGGAAAAUGAAAUCUCUGGAGGGCUGUGAAUCCUCAAUGGAAGUCAAGGGUUCUACAAAGAAGAAUGGUCGGAUUGAUGCUGGAGUGUUGUCAAGAAAGGAACAAAGUACAGAUGCAUCAACUAUGGAGGAGCUAGUUUCAAAUACUAUGAAGCUUCCACUUUUAUCCAGUUCAUAUUCUUUCGGUGAUGACUUGGUUAAGGCUGAUGAUGGGCCGUGUGAUUCUUUGAAGGAAACCCACAAAGUUGUGGUGAGGGAGAAAACCUUCUCUGGCCAGGGUCAAAAGGAAGGGCUGGAGCCAACAUCUACUGAGGUGAAUGGUUUUUCUGAACGGACAAAGGGAAGCUCAAGAAGAAAAGUUGUGGGAGAUAAGGUUCCUUUUGAUGACUAUAUAGUGAAAGAAAAUUCUCAAGGAGAUAAUAAUUGCCACUCAAUAAUGGCUGAAUCUAACGUUUCCAAAGUUAGGACAGCAUCAAACACUGAAGAGCCUCCUAAGAAGGCUAAUCAGAGGGGUAGCCUAUGUGAACAAGACAGUAUGGCAAUACCUCUCGUGACAGAACAUCCCGUUCUGGUUGGUAAGAAGAAGGCAAAGGGAAGUCAUGACACCGUGGUUAUGGAAAGGGAAAAAGAAAACUUGAAGAUUGGAUCCUCUUCGGCUCCUAAAACAAAAAGGAGUUCUGAUGAUAGUUCUGCAUCAAAAAAUGAGACUGAAGAUGUUAGAGCACAAAAGAGUCUUGGAAAGACUCGAGAUACAUACAGAGAUUUCUUUGGAGAAUUGGAAGAAGAGGAGGACAGAAUCGAUGUGCUAGAGACCCCAUUUGAAGAAAAAGUGAAGGAACCUGAGGUGGUUGAGAGGAGUGCACCUACAACUAGUUUUGGAGCAAAGGAGAGACCAGGUGCUAAGAAAGUUGAUAAGCUGUUAACAGCUGAAAUAUACCCUAAAUCAGCCACAAAUAUUUGGUGCACUGGAAAUGCGAAUGGUACUGACGCUGAGAAUGGUAAAGGGAUUCCUGUAAUGAUACCUCCUGUUGAGAUGGAAGAUAAUUGGGUGCAAUGUGACAGGUGUCAUAAAUGGCGUCUUCUUCCUGUUGGAACAAAUCCUGAUAACCUACCCGAAAAGUGGCUAUGUAGUAUGCUUAAUUGGCUGCCGGACAUGAAUCGGUGUAGCUUUAGUGAGGAUGAAACCACUAAAGCACUUAUUGCAUUAUACCAAGGGCCUCCUUUUGAUGGUCAAAGCAACCUGCAAAAUGCCUCUGGCAGUGUUAUGGUGGGAGGAGCCAUGGCAACAUCCCAACCUCCUAACCAGCACCAGCUAAAUAAUGAUGUGCAUGCGGUGCCUGGGGGGAAGAAAAAGUUUGUGAAGGAGAUACCAAAUUCUACAAAUAAAGACUUUUCUCAAUCCUCAUAUCCUACGAAGAAAAACUUGUCAGCGGUGAAAAGUAGGAGUUUAAAUGAUGUGAAAUCUCCUGUCAUGAGUGAGGCUGAUGUUCCAUCAGAGAAACACAAAAAUAAGCACAGGACGCAGGAACACAGUUCUGAUAGGGGUGAUACGAAGAAUAUGAAGGUCAAAAGCAGGAGGGAUCAUGAUCAAGAUUUUCCUAGGCCAUCCAAGAAAUCUAAGACUGACAAGGCUCAUUCUACCAAUGAAGACUGGGUAGAACAGAGUGGGACUACUAGGAAGGUGGGUGUUCAAAGUUCAACUAGCACUUUUCCAACUACUUCAGUUGCCAAAGAUCGACCAAGACAGAAAGCCCACUCUUCUUCAAGGGACUCCAAAUCAAGAAAAGACAGGAUUCCAGUUUCUGCUGAAAACACAAGAGAUAAAGGUCAGGGUUCGUUGGAUGAGGGAUCUCUGGAUCUGGGGAAUUGUGAUUCAAUUGGUAGUGUGAAAAAAAGAAAACUUAAGGGAUAUCAGGAUGCUAUAACUUACAGCCCAGGUAAUCCUCGCAUACAGGAGAGCAAAACUUCUGAGCAUGAUUUCAGUGAUUCAAGGAAGGAAAAGAAGGCAAAAAGUUCAAAAUCCGGAGGCAAAGAAUCAAGUACCAGUAAAGGUAGUGGUAGGACUGACAAAAAGGACUUGGGGUCUUUACAGGUUUCUGUUGCUGCCACUUCAAGCUCUUCUAAGGUUUCUGGCUCUCACAAAACCAAAGCCAGCUUCCAGGAAGUGAAGGGCUCACCUGUGGAAUCAGUGUCUUCAUCACCCAUUCGAGUUUUAAAUGCUGAUAAGCUUUCAAACAAGGAAAUUAUUGGGAAAGAUGAUUCACGUGAUGUUGCUGCUAUGGAUAGUCCAAGAAGAUGCUCAAAUCGUGAUGAUGAUGGUGGGAGUGAUCGAUCCGGAACGGCCAAGAAGGAUAAAUCUUUCACCAUUGCCAACAGGCCAGAUUUUCAGGACAAGGGUGUUAAUUACGUGUCCGAUACAAAGCUUAAAGCUGAAACAGCCAGCUAUUGUACCAAUGGUGGUGUUGACACCAUAGUCCCAGAUGGGACCUAUGCAGGCAAAGAGCAUAAACAUCCAGGUGAAGACAAAACCGAUGUUUAUCAUGCUAAUAUGUCUCAUACAAGGAAGAAUGGCAUAGAAUCAGGUUUGGAGGACAACAAUGACGGCUGUAAGUCAGAAUCCCAUGCAGAUAAGGUCAAGAAUGCUAGUUCUUCAAGUCAACUGAAAAAUCAGUCUCCUCUAGGUGAGGCAAAGCAUAAGGAUGGAAAAAAUAAGUUGCAGGAGAAGUUUGGGAUCAAGCCUGACCAAAGUGAGAAUAUACAUGCUGUCAAGAAAGAUUACACAGAGAAAAAUGAGGCUAGGAAAAAAGAGAAUCACUUAAAUCGAGGUCAUGACUUUCAAGAUGUUAGUGUGGAUGCCCUUUGCAAACAGGAUGCAUUUCAUGCUCCCCCGCAGACUCAGUUGCCAGACUCUGAUAGAUCCACAAAGAGGUCUCUGUUGGAAAGAACUGAUCAAGAAUUGGUUUACAUAAAGGAAAUGGUGAUGUCGAAGCUGACCCUUCCAAAGUUGAUGAUGUGUCAAAGUUACCAAAAAGGCUCGAAAAAGACUGACCAUCAAAAUGGAAAUCAGCAAACUGGUUCGAGAAAUCCUGUACUUAAUGGUCACAAGUCGAAGGAGCUUGAUGCCCCUAGCCCAGUUAGAAGGGAUUCUUACAGCCAUGCUGCUAACAAUGCUGUGAAAGAAGCUAAAGAUCUUAAGCAUUUGGCUGAUCGUCUUAAGCAUUCUGGAUCCACUGGUGAGAGCACUAGUCUAUACUUCCAGGCAGCCCUCAAAUUUCUUCACGGAGCCUCUCUGUUAGAAUCUGGCAACAGUGAUAAUUCUAAGCACAGUGAGAUGAUUCAAUCAAAACAAAUGUAUAGUAGCACUGCAAAAUUGUGCGAGUUUUGUGCCCACGAAUAUGAGAAAUCAAAAGACAUGGCUUCAGCUGCACUAGCCUACAAAUGCAUGGAAGUAGCAUAUAUGAGGGUAGUAUAUUCUUCACACUCUAGUGCAAGCAGAGAUCGGCAUGAGUUGCACAACACACUGCAAAUGAUUCCUCUUGGUGAGUCUCCAUCGUCAUCUGCCUCUGAUGUUGACAAUGUCAACAACUCAACAGCUGCUGACAAGGUUGUCACCAUAUCUAAGAGUGUCAAUUCGCCCCAAGUAGCUGGAAACCAUGUUAUUGCUGCACGACAUCGUCCUAAUUUUGUGCGAUUGCUCGGUUUUGCUCAGGAUGUUACUUUUGCCAUGGAAGCAUCAAGGAAAUCACGGAAUGCUUUUGCAGCAGCUAAUUCAAGCCCAGGUGUGGGCAAGAAUACAGAUGGUAUCUCCUCUAUCAAAAAGGCUCUUGAUUUUAGCUUUCAAGAUGUGGAGGGGUUACUUCGUUUGGUACGGGUUGCUGUGGAGGCCAUUAAUCGUUGAAGAAUCCCUUUAAUUGAGAGGAUGAUUCUAGUCAGAUAUGAACAUGUGUUUCUUGGUCAUGUAUAAAAUCUCCACUCUGACAAAAAACAGUCUGAAAUUAUGAAGGGCAAGGUUUAUUUAGUUGGCUCUCGAUUCAAUCUUGUCAACACGUGAAGCUAGUACUGUCUCUAUAGAUAUGGCUGCCGUGGACAGUGAAAUGGAAUGGAAGUCUCAGUUUAUUGUCAGGAAUUCGGUUGCUCUGUUGUUUACAAACAAAAUCUUUGCAAUCCUUGAGACAACGUGGAGGCCCUUAGAAGCAAGGUUCUGUAAUGCAGAUUCUGAGCUACAUUGAUAUGUAGAACGAUGCUACUUCCAGAUUAUAAGUUGAUAAUAUAAUAGGUGGAUAUGGAUAGAUUUAGAAGUUUGAAACUAAUUGCGCUCUCUUAUGUCCUUUUCUCAUUCCGGAGGGUUUAUUAUUUUGUCAAUCUGUACAUGUGUAAAGUUGUAACUUCUGGAAAGAGGAAGUUGUGGAUUUUGUAUUACUGCAAUCAUGCUUCUACUAGUGGUUCUGCAUUUUCUUCCCCUUUCCAAUCUCUCCCCGGAAAGUAAAGUCAAAGAGAGCCAAGCUAAAGUUGUCUUGUACAAUGUUGGGAUUAGGGGUAGAACAAUAUUCUUUACUCAUUUUGUUGAUAGAGACCAAGCAGAAAAUAAAAAAGGAGAGAUGUACAGCAAGAAUUUUUUUUUUGAAGUGGCAGGCAUUUUACUACUAAUGAAUUGUCAACUUAGAGGGACGCAGUGGAUGUAAAUAAAAAUUAUAUAGAUUCAAGUUAGAGACAGGGCAAGCUGGUUGCUGCAUUCAUGCAGAACAUUCAGGUUUGAGCAACUGAGGCAAAUAGCAGAUAGACCUGCAGUUUAGCUCGCCAAAUCUGUAACUGGCCUUGGUGGAAUUUUUUCUUCAUCUUUUUCCCUGUUUUUCCCUUAGUCAGUUUUACUGUAUUCUUUUAAAAAAAACAGAUGCUAGUAUUGAGCAUUUAAUUUUAAAUUUUGACUUGACUAACUUACCUGUUCUUAUAAUGUACAUAGCUUUAUAUUCAUCUA